AUGAUUCAUGGACUCUUGGAUCAGAUCCAGGCUUGCGUGUCCGAUGAUGACGACGAGCAGCCGGAUGUCAGCUUCGUGUUCUCAGGCGAACACGAAUUGACCUGCCAAACGUUGGUGGUUUGCGGCCCUGGUCCUGGCAGCGCUUUUGCUCUGCAAGUGUUCGACUUGCUGCCCUUGCCUGUGCGCUUGGAGCCCAUGGAGGAUUCUCCCGUUCGGGCUUUGCCUCCUCCACGGGCACCGAGAUUCUUCAAGGCAUCCGACGGUGUGGUGGUCGCAGUAUUGGACACGCAUGUGUCGGGAGAAUACGCAGUAGCUUGGGCGGACACGCUCCUGUCCACCCUGAAGGGCAGACCGCAGGUUCUUUUCUUGGACCGCAUACUUCGGGCAGAAUGGUGCAGCUGUGACCGUCGAAGACCAGAGGAGCCCUACCUGGCUGGAUUGUGGACCAGUGCCUUCAACGGAAGCGAAUCCGUUCCGGCACUGCCUCCCCCGAAUUUCGUGGAGGGCUUAGCCGCCGCACUUCUGAGCGGCUGCGAAGCAAGAUCCUGGCCCUGCCUCGUGGCCCUGGCGCUGCAGGACGGUGCUCACAUGUCAGAAGGCUGCCUUCUUGCUUACGAGGCUUUGGUGCCUCUGCUCAUCGAGCUUCAGGUGAUCAGCUCUUGGCAGAGACCGCGAUAUCGCGAAGCAUUGCAGAAGGUCAUCCCGCCAACCUCGAUGUCGAUUUACGCGCUGCAAGUACCUCAUUUGCCAGAAGACAUGGCCGAGGAAGUUAAGCAAUAUUUGCACCGCUAUAACACAUCUGGCAAGCGGCAGCGGGACCUGACAGAGGAGCAAAAACAGGAGCUGAAGGAGGUCUUUGACUUGUAUGACACAGACGGCUCCGCCGCCAUCGACAACAGCGAACUCAAGGGGCUCAUGCAAGUUCUGGGUUUCUCCUCCACCUCGAGGGAGGAGCUUGUGGCUAUGAUGAUGUCCGUGGACAAGGAUGGGUCUGGCGAAAUUGAGCUGGAUGAAUUCUUGCAGAUGAUGGCGCCAAAAGUGCUGGCGCGGGAGCCCACGGCAGUCAUCAGAAAGGCUUUUCCUCUCUUCGUGUCUGAAGGGAGUCAGACCAUCACCUGGCACAGCCUUAGGCGUCCUGGCCGCACAGGGCGAUUCCGGCGUUUCAGCGAAUUCGAUGCUUCCAGGGCUCUGGCAGACGACCUGGGACUCACUUUUGCCGACCACGAGAUUCAAGAGAUGCUGGAAGACGCCGAUGACAACGGUGACGGCUGCGUGGAUGAAGAUGAGUUUGUGCACGCCGUGCAAAGAGCCAAGUUCUUUUGA